AGCCUUUUUCUUGUCCGAAUCGGGGACCGGUUGUGUACAAGGCUUGUAGACGCUCUAUGAAAUAGUUCCGGAUUGCUGGUUGCAUCAGAAUUCUGUACUGUGAAAGAUGAGUGAUAAAGAUGGGCAAGCUUUUGACUAUGAAAGGCUCCUGAAUAUUAAAGGAGCGGAGGCCAGGCUGAAAGCUCUGAAUGAAUUCUUCAGCACUCGUAGUUAUGUCGUUGGGUUCACCUUUUCACAGGCAGAUGUGGAUGCAUUCAGGCAGUUUUUGGGGCCACCUCCUGUCAAAUACUGCCACUUGAACCGGUGGUAUAAACAUAUAGAAGCAGUAUAUGGAGGCAGCAGUGAAUGUGUGAACUAUCAGACAGUCCACACAAGUAAAGGGAAGAGAGUUCAGCCUCCGUGGAUGCCGCCAGAAGGAACUGCGCAGCCAAAACUCUGUCUGUACAACAGUCUCACUCGUAGUAAGGAAGUCUUUACCCCACUGGAUGGCAAGAAGGUGCUUUGGUACUGCUGUGGACCUACUGUCUAUGAUGCCUCUCACAUGGGACAUGCAAGGUCCUAUAUUUCUUUCGACAUCCUGAGAAGAAUACUGAAGGACUACUUUAAAUACGAUUUGUUCUACUGCAUGAAUAUAACCGACAUAGACGAUAAGAUCAUUAAGAGGGCCAGACAAAACUAUUUGUUCGAGCAGUAUCAGAAGAAGAAACCUGAUCCAUCCAAGCUGCUGGAAGAUGUUAAGACUGCAUUGAAGCCUUUUACAGCAAAACUUGCUGGGACUACUGACCCUGAUAAAAAGCAGAUGUUGGAGAGGAUUCUGGAUACUGUCACAUCUGCACUUGGACCUCUGGAGAAAGCGGUUCAGAAUGGGAUUUCUGGAGAAGAGACUGGCAGAAUUGCUGAGAAGUUGUUAGAAGAAUCAAAGGACCUUCUUUCCGAUUGGUUGGAUGCAGAACUGGGUAGUCGGGUGACUGAGAAUUCCAUUUUUUCUACAUUACCAAAAUACUGGGAAGAAGAAUUCCACAAAGACAUGGAAGCAUUGAGUGUUCUGCCUCCUGAUGUUUUAACUCGGGUCAGUGAGUACGUUCCAGAAAUUGUAACCUUUGUUAAGAAGGUUGUGGAUAAUGGCUAUGGAUAUGUAUCCAAUGGGUCAGUCUACUUUGAUACAGUCAAGUUUGAUGCAAGUCCAAACCAUUCGUAUGCCAAACUAGUUCCUGAGGCUGUUGGAGACCAAGCUGCUCUGCAAGAAGGAGAAGGUGAUCUCAGUAUCUCAGCUGAUCGAUUAAGUGAGAAACGGUCUCCCAAUGACUUUGCAUUGUGGAAGGCAUCAAAACCCGGAGAGCCAUCGUGGGAUUCUCCAUGGGGAAAGGGUCGUCCAGGGUGGCAUAUUGAAUGUUCUGCAAUGGCAGGAUCUAUUUUGGGUGAGUCCAUGGACAUUCAUGGGGGAGGAUAUGAUCUUCGAUUCCCUCACCAUGACAAUGAACUGGCCCAGUCAGAGGCAUUCUUUGAGAAUGAUCACUGGGUUCGGUAUUUCCUUCAUACUGGUCACUUGACUAUUGCUGGCUGCAAAAUGUCCAAGUCUUUGAAAAACUUUAUAACUAUUAAAGAAGCACUAAGAAGUCACACAGCUCGUCAGUUGCGAUUGGCUUUUCUCAUGCACUCUUGGAAAGACACACUGGAUUAUUCCACCAAUACCAUGGAAUCGGCUAUUCAGUAUGAACGGUUCAUGAAUGAAUUUUUCCUAAAUGUAAAAGAUGUCCUGCGAGCCCCUACAGAUGUGACAGGACAGUAUCAAAAAUGGGAACAAGAAGAAUUAGAACUCCACAGAAGUUUUUGUGAAAGAAAAUCAGCAGUGCAUGAAGCUUUGUGUGACAAUAUUGACACCCGUACUGCCAUGGAAGAAAUGCGAUCCCUUGUUAGCCAAUGUAAUUCUUACAUUGCAGCAAAGAAAUCUACCAAGGUAUUUCCAAACAGAAUGCUGUUGGACUCUGUUGCAGUCUACCUCACAGAAAUGUUUAAGAUCUUUGGUGCCAUAGACUCUGAAGAACCAAUUGGUUUUCCUAUUGGUGGAACUGGCCAAAGCGUGAAUCUGGAAGCCACAGUAAUGCCAUUCCUUUCAGCAUUAUCACAGUUCAGGGAAAGCAUACGUCAGAUUGCAAGAGAGCAGAAAGUAACUGACAUUUUGCAAUUAUGUGACUCCCUUCGGGAUGAUAUUUUGCCAGAACUGGGUGUUCGACUUGAAGACCAUGAAGGACUUCCAACAGUAGUUAAACUAGUAGACAAGGAGACGCUGCUAAAAGAAAAAGAAGAAAAGAAAAAGGCUGAAGAAGAGAAGAAAAGAAAGAAGGAAGAAGCUUCUAGGAAAAAACAGGAACAAGAAGCUGCAAAAUUAGCCAAAAUGAAGGUGCCACCAUCAGAAAUGUUCAAAUGUGAAAUGGACAAAUUCUCACAGUUUGAUGAACACGGUUUUCCUACUCAUGAUGCGGAAGGCAAGGAACUAAGUAAAGGGCAGACAAAGAAGUUGAGGAAGCUGUUUGAAGCUCAAGAAAAGCUACAUGAGGAGUAUCUGCAGAUGGUGCAAAAUUAAAUCACAGCUCCAGCUUUUGAGAGCUUACCAAGGAAUAGGAAAUUGAAGGUGUAUAUUUGCCACAUCAGGAAAUGCAGGGAGUGUGGAGGGAAUAUGAAGAACCAUUCAAAGGAAAAUAGUCAUACUGUUUACAGUUAUUUUAUGUGCACAAAUGCAUAACAAUUUCUGAAUACAUUCUGGAAUAAAGUAAAGUCUAUUUUAAACUGUU